AUGUUGCAGUGUGAUAAGGUCUUCGCGACGGAGAAGGCGUGUCUUAUUCAUCAACGGGUGCACACGCAGCCCCGUAUCCGGGACAAGCCCAACGAGAAGAAGCCGGUGAAACGGUAUUACACCGCUAAGAACAUAGUUUGUGAAGUGUGCGGCAAGAGAUAUGCAUCCAAUGCAGCACUUCGUUACCACCAGCGAGUCCACACUGGAGAGAGGCCAUAUGAAUGUACCCAGUGCCACAAGACAUUCACCAUGCCUCUGUUUCUACAGAUCCACAUUCGAACUCACACCGGUGAAAGGCCCUACGAGUGUCCUCAUUGUCCUAAAGCAUUUAGCAACAAAGCGGCUUUACUAAGGCAUGAUCGAGUGCACACUGGAGUAAAACCGUACGCCUGCCCACAGUGUGGUAAAACCUUCACGCAAUCGAACUCCAUGAAGCUUCAUGUCAAAACUGUUCACCUAAAGAUGCCCGCUCCCUACAAGAGCAAGAAUAGAAAGAACAAGUCCCGAGGCAUGAAAGUCGAGGUCCAAGUAGAGUCUGGCGUCUACCAACCAGAAAUUAAACCGGAAGUUAUGGAUGAAUAUGAAGGAACAGAUGUCUUGGUCCAAGAGGAUAAUUACGGGCAAGCCCAAAUCUUCUCCCAAGAUGGGGAAAUCUAUGAAGCGGUGUACGAAGAUGUUGAGGAUGAAGAUUUCUAUCAUGAGGAAGUUGUAGAUAAUCCCGAAGUGACACUGUACGAAGCUGAGAAGCCCGAAGUGCUUUACGAGGAAGUGUAUGAAGAAGCUUAG